AUGGUGAAGGAAACCAAGUAUUAUGAUGUUCUUGGCGUUCAGCCUAACGCCACAGACAGUGAGCUGAAGAAGGCCUACAGAAAAUUAGCGUUGAAGUAUCACCCAGAUAAAAAUCCAGAAGGAGGAGAGCAGUUCAAACUCAUCUCACAGGCAUACGAGGUCCUGUCUGAUGAGAAAAAGCGGCAGCUCUAUGACCAAGGUGGAGAAGAGGCCCUCCAAGGCGGUGGAGGUGGUGGAGAAUUCCACAAUCCAUUCGAUGUCUUCGACAUGUUCUUCGGAGGAGGAAAGCGUCAACGCGAGCGUGGAGUGCGACCGACGGUUCAUCAGAUGAAAGUAUCUCUGGAGCAACUAUACAACGGGUUUUCAAAGAAAUUGAAGGUGACUAGGACGGUUAUAUGCACAGACUGCAAAGGGCUUGGUGGAGCGGCCGGUUCUGUUGUUAAAUGUAGCGAUUGCAAAGGAAGAGGUAUGAUAAUAAGGGUGAUGCAAUUGGCACCUGGAAUGAUUCAACAAGUUCAGUCACCAUGCGCUAAUUGUAAAGGAACGGGUGAAAUGAUUCCUGCUAAGGAUCGUUGCAAGGGUUGCCAAGGACAGAAAAAGGCCUGUUACAUCUUCUCUAAUGCUUGUUCGCAAAAGAUUUAUUCUAAAACGGUUGUUUUCCAGCUUGUUGAGGCAAUGUGUGGAUUCUCUCGCGUAAUCAAAACACUGGAUGAUAGGACGCUCUACUUUAACGUUUUGCCAGGCGAGGUUAUUAAGCAUGCAGAUAUGAAAGUUAUCUAUGGCGAGGGAAUGCCACAUCGAAGGAAUCCUCAAGAAAAGGGUGAUCUCAUCCUACAGUUCCGCGUUAUAUUUCCUGAGAGGUUGACCGCAGACGCACGGAAGAAACUUUCUGAGCUUCUGCCUGGUAAAAGUGAGUUCAAAGUAAACUCGUAG